CCCCUUUUCUUGUUCUUCCCCAUGAGGAGUGGUAUUAUUGACAAAGUACUAGAAAAUAAAAUCAUACAAUAAAUUAAAAGAUGCAUUCUAAGUACAGAAUAGUAUUGUUUAAUUUUGAGUGUCGUGUUAUCGCAUUUUAAAUAUAGUGACUCAAUUGCAAAAAAAGACAAUGAACACGGCAAAUAGUACAGUGGCGCAAAAUUCAGAUAUAAUGCCUUCAAAUAGUGGUGUAGUACAUCAAAUGCCGACUGUAGAGGCCGAGAACAGAGCCGUUGGAUCUAAAGAAAAUGCACGGGAUACCACAGAAGAUUUACUGGACCUCAAACUAAAAGUAGAGUCGCGACUUUUGUCGAUGUGGAAUAACGUCAAGUUUGGCUGGACAGUAAAGAUGAAAACCAGCUUUUCGAAAGAGUCCCCUGUGUGGUUGUUAGGACGAUGCUACCACCGCAAGCUGAGCCCAACUGGGUCUUUGGAAUCAUCAACAGAGAUUGGCACAGAAGCAACAGCACAUCAACCUAUGGAACAAAUUUAUGGAGAAGGCAUAGAGGGAUUUAAGUCCGAUUUUAUCAGUAGAGUGUGGAUGACCUAUAGAAGAGAGUUUCCUAUAAUGUCAGGCUCUACAUUUACCACUGAUUGUGGGUGGGGAUGUAUGCUGCGUAGUGGACAGAUGUUGCUAGCUCAAGCCCUGGUCUGUCAUUUCCUGGGACGGUCAUGGAGGUGGACUCCUGAGAAGCCUAUACAAAAUGCACGCGAAUUCCAAGAAGACUGCUUACAUCGCAUGAUUAUAAAAUGGUUUGGAGACAAAUCCUCAGUAAAUAGCCCUCUUUCUAUUCAUCAAAUGGUGAGUUUAGGAGAAGCUUUAGGGAAAAAGCCUGGGGACUGGUAUGGUCCUGCUUCUGUGGCACAUUGCCUCAAAGCUGUGAUGUCAGCAGCCUCUAAAGAAAAUUAUGAAUUUGAUAAUUUGGAAGUAUAUGUUGCUCAAGACUCUACUGUAUAUAUCCAAGAUGUUUACUCUCUCUGCAGACUGCCACAAGAUUCCUGGAAGUCACUUAUUCUCUUAGUGCCUGUCAAGCUAGGGUCCGAUAAAUUUAAUCCUAUUUAUGGACCAUGUCUCACUUCUCUUCUCACUCUGGACUUUUGUAUUGGAAUAAUAGGAGGGAGGCCCAAACAUUCCCUGUACUUUGUUGGGUACCAGGAUGACAGACUGAUUCAUUUAGAUCCACAUUAUUGCCAGGAAAGUAUAGAUGUUUGGCAACCCAAUUUCUCAAUGCAAACUUUCCAUUGUCGAUCACCAAGGAAAAUGCCAAUAAUCAAAAUGGAUCCAUCAUGUUGUAUUGGCUUCUACCUUGCAACACAACAUGAUUUUGAAACAUUUGUAAAUAUUAUCAAAUCAUUCCUAGUCCCACGGGGGGUAUCCUCCAACAAUGAAUAUCCCAUAUUCUCAUUAAACUCAGGAUCUCGUAGUAGUGUUAUGGACCCACCAAACUUUAGAUACUCAAUACAUGAAACAGAAAAGAACUGGGUAACCCCAAAUAUACAUGACAGUGAUACAGACAUUGAAUCUGAGGAAUUUGUGUUGGUGUAACUGCAACUACCAGUUACCAAACAAUAUGUACCUAACUACUCUAUAAAUAAAAAAGUUUCUACUGAUUUAUGUAAUGCAAUCUGUGAACUUUUAUUCAUGCUAAGUAAUUUAUUAUUGCCCAAAGUUUUGUUAUACAAAUAAUAUAGUUAAAUUAUUGUUACAGGUAUAGAAUCAGGAUAUACCUACUCUUAAUGUGUACCUACAUUUAGUUUUAUUGAUAACAUAAUAAAUUAUUAAAGUCAUUAUAAUGGCUAA